UAGCUUCUUCCAAAUUUCUGGCUGCUUUUUGUGACAGAAGACCUGGAAAAACUUGUAUAGUUUUUAUAGAGCUGCUAUGGACAUGAGAAAAAGUGUUUAACCUUCAACCAUAGUAGGUUGGAGGUUAACAAGACAAGAAAUGAAGCUUCCGAAGUUAACCAUAGUAUAUUCUUUUUCCAUUUCCCAUCCCCUCUCUCUAAACAAUACCAUUUCUGUAUUCUUAAAUUUUAUGAUUAAAUGGAUUAAUUUCCAUAAUCUAUUGGCUUGAGGUAGAAUUGUGGUUCGUAGAAGUAGUUGUUGCUUUGCUUCAGACGAGAGAGCUCUGCUUGGGGAAACGAAUAAACUCAUCCCUUAUGAUCGAUAGGUUGAAAAGAGUGGAGAAGAAGAGCAUAAUGAAAUUUGGGUUUCUCGGAAGAGCUCGAAAUUUAAUCGGCGUAGCGUCCACUACAGUUGCGGCAGCGUUUUUUUCUUCCAGCCCCGCCAGUUCCGGAUCCAAAAUCGCUGCCAUGGACGAUGUCCAUCUUCAAAACCUCAGGACCAAGCUCUGCAUCAUCGGAAGUGGCCCCGCCGCCCACACCGCCGCCAUAUACGCGGCCCGGGCGGAGCUCAAGCCGAUCCUCUUCGAAGGAUGGAUGGCCAACGACAUUGCGCCGGGCGGCCAGCUCACCACCACCACCGACGUCGAGAACUUCCCCGGAUUCUCAAACGGCGUCCUCGGGAUGGAUCUCAUGGACCGGUGCCGGAAUCAAUCUCUCCGUUUCGGAACUCAGAUUCUCACCGAGACCGUUAGCAAAGUCGAUUUCUCCACCAAUCCUUUCAAGAUCUUCACCGAUUCAAAAGCCGUACUCGCCGACUCUGUAAUUGUCGCCACAGGGGCUGUUGCGAAGCGUUUAUCGUUUCCAGGCUCCGGAGAUGCGCCGCGAGGGUUUUGGAAUCGCGGCAUAUCGGCUUGUGCAGUUUGCGACGGCGCGGCCCCCAUUUUCAGGGAUAAGCCGUUGGCGGUGGUCGGAGGUGGUGACUCAGCCAUGGAGGAAGCGAUUUUCCUCACCAAGUACGGCUCUAAAGUCUACAUCAUCCAUAGAAGAGACGCUUUUAGGGCAUCCAAAAUCAUGCAGCAGCGGGCACUGAGCAACCCUAAGAUUCAGGUGCUUUGGAAUUCUGUGGUGGUGGAGGCCUAUGGCGACGGAGACAGAGGAGUUUUAGGAGGCUUGAAAGUGAAAAAUGUGGUUAGUGGAGAGGUCUCUAAUUUGGGGGUUUCUGGACUGUUCUUUGCAAUUGGGCAUGAACCUGCGACCAAGUUCUUGGACGGGCAGCUCCAGCUCGAUUCCGAUGGCUAUGUCGUGACGAGGCCGGGGUCGACUAGAACCAGCGUUCGUGGAGUUUUUGCAGCCGGAGAUGUUCAGGACAAGAGAUAUAGACAGGCUAUUACUGCUGCUGGCACUGGUUGCAUGGCUGCUUUGGAUGCAGAACAUUACCUGCAAGAGAUUGGUUCUGAGAACAGUAAACUAUAAAUCUAGAUCAUGUAGCAAUCUACUGGAUUCAAGAAUUCCAAAACCCAAACACCAUCACUUAUUAUUUCAUAGGUAUAUUACUUGAUGGGGUUGCUUUGAAGUUGAAGGCUUUGAUUUAUAUGUUCUUUCUUUAAAAAUUUGGAAUGGGAUGAAAGAAACAGGCAUAUCAACAGAAA